AUGGGCUCCUCGCUGUCCCUGGGCCGGGCACUAGCUGUCCCACAGCCGCCGCAGCGCUCGCUCCUGCGGCUGCGGGACCGAGUGCGGACGCUUCUCCGGCUGUGGCUGCGGUGGUGGGUCGCUGCGACGGGUCUAGAGCGACAGGCGGCGCUCGUGCGGCGGAUCGUCCAACACGUGCGGCAGCAGCGGCGCGCGCACCGCACCGUAUGCGCAAAGUACGAUUUCUGGCGCCCACUGAUCGCGACGCUUGUCGAGCUGUGGCUGCAGACGGUGCGGGCCGUUCUGACGCCCGACGUGUUUACGCGCUACCUCUGCGCGACGCUCGUGCUGCACGUGGUCUACGGGCUGCAGACCGUCGCGCGCCAAGUCGUGGGCGACACGUGUCGGCGCUUCACCGCCAACGGCCGCCGGUCGCUGCGGCUCCAGCAGCAGCUGCAGAACGCCACGAGCUUUGCGGAGCGCCAGGCGAUCGCUGGCGCGCUGGACGCACUCGAGGGACGGGACACGUGGCGGGAGGAUCCCGUGUCGCGUCUGUUUCUGUACGAGCGCGUGACGAACAAGACGCUCAUGUACCGGACGCUCCAGCGCGAGCGGGACGUGAUGGGACUUAUGUUUGCUCUCCGGGCGGGACUGUUGAGGAAGCACUGGGGUCUGGGCAACCCGCGCCUGUAUUCGGUCAGCAACGUGGGAACAAAGCAUGUGAUUGAGGAGUACCUGGACGCGAUAGUGCAGUCAAUGAACGUUGUGCUGCGAGCAAAGCCGCGAUCUGACGAGGAGCACGACGACUUGUCAAUUGACAACAAGUUGGCGUUCUUCAGCGAGACACGACAUGCUUUUGGUCGAUCGGCGUUGAUGCUGUCUGGCGGCGGCGCGCAUGGGUUCUAUCAUGCGGGCGUAAUCAAAGCCUUAGUCGAAAACAAUUUACUGCCUACUGUAAUUGCCGGAUCAUCAGCAGGAUCGAUUUUGGCGGGUGCAAUUGGCGUUCGCAAUGAUGAUGAAGUGCUGGACUUUUUGUCCGGAUCGAGUGUGAAUUUGAGCUUCUUGAAAGCCAAUAUUGCCGAGCAGGAUCUGGCGGAUUACACGCCAUCGUUGUUACCUCGCAUCAAGUCGGUGCUUCCUGAUAGUGCAUUUGCGUUUGUGCAGAACGCAUUCGUUCUACUUGGCCGAUUCUUGGAUAAGCGCUUCGUAUUGGAUACAGAGACGCUUCGCAGCUGCUUACGGAGUGCAAUGGGAGACUACACCUUUCGAGAAGCAUACGAUAGGACGGGUCGGAUCAUCAACGUUACAGUGACGCCGCUGAGUACUGAUGAUUAUCCCCAGUUGCUUAAUUAUCUCACGGCCCCAAAUGUCAUUAUUUGGUCGGCAUCCCUAGCGUCUUGUGCGAUUCCAAACGUUUUUCGUCCCGUCGAGCUGUUGGCCAAGGACGAAAAAGGAAAUGUUGUUCCUUACUAUCGCGAGGGAUUGAAGUGGAGUGAUGGAAGUGUCGAGUGCGACCUUCCUAUGGAACGUUUGUCGGAGCUGUUCAAUGUGAACCACUUCAUUGUUAGCCAGGUCAACAUUCAUUACAAGAUCGUUUCAGGUCAUUCGGUGUUUGGGAGUGAACAGACUGGAAGCCUCAUGAGCUUUCUAAAGAAGCAAAUGAAAGCGUACAUAAAAAACAUUGCCGAGUUUGGUCUCAACACAUCCGUGCUCAAGCUCCUCGACAUUGGCUUGGUGCCUUUGCUGACACAAAAGUAUGAAGGGGACAUUACGAUCUGCCCUACCGACAAGAUUUCCGCCAUGACGUUGCUGCGAACAGUGAUGACCAACCCAUCACGUGAGACUUUUCCAGACAUAUUGCUGGCUGGUGAACGGGCGUGUUGGCCAGCAAUUGCACGUAUUAGAAGCAUGUGCCGCGUGGAAUUCGCUUUAGAACGUGCAGUGCGAUACUUGCGUGGCGAGCAAGCGUUAGAAGAUGAAAGGCAGAGCGGGCGGAAAGCUAUUGGCCGUGUACCAUCGUUCUACACCUCACCAAGCUCCAUGAGUUUGUCAAACUUGGACCAGUCACCUCCUGCUCCACAAAGGUUUGCUUCACUACCGUCUACUACAGGAAAGCUGUCUCGACGUCGUAGCUUUGAUGGUGGAGAGCGAGAAGACGCGAUCAGUAGUCCUGGUGUGAGUUCUAUGCGUCGGAAUAGGUCAAUGAAUAUCGCAGGAGCUGUUUUGUCACUUGAUGGAGGUGCCAGUGCUUCUGACUGCAGCCACUUUGAUAUGUAG